AUGAGCUCGAGCCCCACCAAUACACACGAAUUUCGUCGUGGAUCUGUGCCUGGUGAUGGAGCAUGUUUGUUUUGGUCAAUAAUUCUUUUACUUGCCCAGCAUAUAUUGAAAAUGGUGACUGAGGACUUACCUGAAUAUGCAUUCUCAGCCAUCCUAGACGGCACUUUUAUGAAGGGAAAUCUGACAACUAAUCAUCACGGCAUAAGCUUUUUCACGAACGAUGCUAUCAAAAAGCUAAAUCAACAAAUGCGUAAACGGGUAGCUGACUUUAUUCGCAAUGAGGUAGAUAUGCAUAAUCUGGUCAGAAAUAGUACUGAUCACCCUUAUUCCAUACCUACUUACUGUGAUUUACUUAUUCGAGCUGAGCUCUUCGCUGGUGAAGUGGAACUCAAGGUGCUAUCUAAUUUACUUGAUACGAUGAUUUGUAUCAUUACUGUUACAAAGUACCGUGGUCAACCGUACGUUUAUGCUACACCGUACGGAGAAACUAAUGAAGACGCCAAACAAUGCAUCUUUAUCUUAUACGAUGAUAUUGGUAAAUACUUUAGUCCACUAUAUAAGGUGAAUAAAAAUGAUAUAACCGAUAAACAAACGAUCUUUGAUCGAAAUGAUCUUACAACACUCACACUUCUCCAAACAUUUAUCGAAGAUAAACUCCAUUAUAGUGCUAGAGUCAAUUUAGAUGCAAUUCCAUUCAUCCAUGCAGAACUGUUAGACAUUCCGAAUGGUUUUGGUACAAAUGAAAACUCGACCGGUUCCUUAAAUAAACGAAGAAACUCAGAAAUCGAUGGUGUUUUAUCGCCGCCAAAUGACAACAAAAAGCUGCCAGUAAACGUAUCUUUUCGACAUUAUGGAGGUAACAAGCGUGUCAAACUCAGUGUCGAGACACAAACCGAAUGUCAUAAAGAUGAACGAGGCUCCAUGCAGAUUGAAGAGAGUAUUCAAUUUCCAUGCUUGGCCAAUAUGUCGCAAAACAAUGAAGAAGAACCAGUAAAUAUGGAACCGAUAGACUCGAACGAAUCUCAUGCAGAUGCAGAAGUCGACGUAGUCGCAGACGAAUGUGACGGCAAGUGA